GUAAUCCUUAGUACAAAAAUUGUUUCAUAUCAUUCUUCUCAAACAAAGACCCAAAUGGCAAAAACAUUUAUCCUCCUUUUCGUUUUCCUUGUCUCUUUGACAAAAGCUCAACCAAGAAACGUAACAAGAGGUUCCAUUCUUUACACCAACAGCACCCCAAAUUUCUGGCCUACUUAUUCUGGUCUGUUUGCAUUUGGAUUUUACCCUAGUGGAAAUGGCUUUAGAGUUGGUAUUUGGCUUUCUGGAAACCCAAAAAUUACAGUAGUCUGGACUGCACAAAGAAAUGACCCCCCAGUAUUACCAGGAGCAGCUCUGAUAUUUUCCUCUGAUGGGAGGCUUCUUCUUCGUAGCUCUACCGGAGAAGUCAACAUAGCUGUUACUGGUGACCAAAGGGCACUAGUUGCUUCAAUAUAUAAUUCAGGAAAUUUGGUGCUAUACGACUCUAGCUCAGAAAUCAUUUGGGAGAGUUUUGAUCAUCCUACCAAUACCCUUUUGGUUAAACAAGUACUAGCUCGUUACAAUUAUCUAUACUCGAGCAAAUCUGACACCGAUGAUUCUGUUGGAAAUUUUAAGCUGGCUAUGCAAGGAGAUGGAAAUCUUGUUGCUUAUCCAAUGAGAAGUCUGCAAGAAGGCAAAUAUGCUUAUUGGUCGUCCUUCACUACGCGACCAGGAAAUAACGUAUCCUUAUCUUUAGAUGUCGAUGGCCGGUUGUAUCUUAAGAACUUGACAGGGUUCCCCAUCAAGAACUUAACUGAAGGUGGACUGCUAGUCAAUGAUGCUAACAUCUUGUAUCGAGCUACGUUCGAUAUAGAUGGGAUUUUGAGGCUUUAUCAGCAUCAUCUAGGGAUUAACGGCAGCUUCAAUUCAACCAGAUUGUGGUCAGCGAUAACCGAGGAUGAACGUUGUAGUGUGAAAGGAACUUGCGGACCGAACAGCUAUUGUGCCAUUAAUGGUCGAGAUAUUGCUUGUCUGUGUCCUCCUGAAUUUGAUUUUCUUGAUCCCAAUCAGCCCAGUAAAGGCUGUAAAUUGAGCUCCAGCGCUGGAAGUGGUUGUUUCGCCGACGCUGAUAGAGCUAAUGGAAAUUUUAGCAUCUCUGUUCUUGAUAACACCGCAUGGGAGAGAGAAGAGUACGACGUUUUGACGGCAGUGAGUGAAGAAGGCUGUCAAGAAGGUUGUUUGGAGGAUUGUUAUUGUGAGGUAGCUAUGUUCUGGGAUCAAAUGUGCUUUAAAAUGAAGCUUCCGUUGCAUUUUGGCAGAGAAAAUAGUAAGAGCGUGAGAAAAUCUUUUGUAAAGAUUAGAAAUGGAAGCUUGCCUGUUGACCCCCAACCGGAUACCAUUUUGAUCACAAAGAAGUCCGGCAAGGAACUUGUAAUUGCUGGAAUGGUCCUGAUAGCCUUUUCUUUGAUAGUUUUCGUUUCAUCCGGCUUUGUUAUAUGUGCACAUAAAAUCUGGAGGUACAAGAUCAACACAGGGCAAGCUUGUCAUGAUCAAAGCAUUGCUGAAGAUAUCAAUUUGAGAUCAUUCAGCUAUGAUCAACUCGUGGCAGCCACGGAUGAUUUUAGAGAUGAGAUUGGUAAAGGGGCAUCAGGGAAAGUCUACAAAGGCUCAUUAGGAGAGAAUGGUGGUGGGAAAGAAAUAGCAGUGAAGAGACUAGAGAAGAUGGUGGAAGACGGAGAGAGGGAGUUCCGAAACGAAAUGAAGAUAAUCGGAAGAACCCACCACAAGAACUUGGUGCAUUUGAUUGGAUUUUGCAGCGAAGGGUCAAACAGGCUUCUUGUGUAUGAGUUCAUGAAAAAUGGUUCACUAGAGAACCUGCUUUUCAACACUCAGAAUCGUCCCAGUUGGAAAGAAAGAAUGAGGAUAGUUCUGGACAUAGCAAAAGGACUACACUAUCUACACGAAGAAUGCGAGACAAAGAUCAUCCAUUGCGACAUUAAGCCUCAUAAUGUCCUAAUGGAUGAAUCUCACUCUGCAAAAAUAUCAGAUUUUGGAUUAUCCAAGCUGUUAAAGCCAGACCAAACAAGAACAUACACAAUACCAAGAGGCACAAGAGGAUAUGGAGCUCCUGAAUGGCAUAAAAAUAACACUCCUAUUACAACAAAAGCAGAUGUCUACAGCUUCGGAAUUCUGUUACUUGAAACUAUCUGUUGCAGGAAGAACUUUGAUUUAACAGCUCCAAGUGAAGCAAUAAUACUGAUGGAUUGGGUAUAUCGAUGCUAUGAAGAUGGAGAGCUUGGAAACGUGGUGGGUGACCAAGCUGAGCUAGACCUUGGAGAACUGGAGAAAAUGGUAAAGAUUGGAUUGUGGUGUGUGCAAACAGAAGUAAAUUCAAGGCCAACAAUGAAGGAAGUGAUCUUAAUGAUGGAAGGGACCAUAGUGACAGCAUCUCCUCCUCCAGUUUCUUCUAUAAAUGCUUGAAUAUCGAAAGUCAGAUAAUGUUUUUCAUAAAUGUAUAAUCAACAAUUUAAUAA